AUGGACAACGGAGGGGACUUGUGGGAAGAGUUGCCAGACGAGCUGGUGUUGGAGGUGAGGAAGUGGCUGCGAACGUCCGUGCGAGACUUGGUCGCUUGGGCCUCGACCUGCAGCCGCUUCCUCCACCUGACCAACGAACCCGCCCUCUGGGCGGGCCUCUUCUCGCUCGCGAUGGCCAAGGCGCGAAGUUGGCUGCCGCCCGAUUGCCUCAAGGUGCUCGAGGAAGAGGAGAACGACCAGGCCAGCAGUGGUGGCAACAUGGGGGCUGUUUCUGUGUUCGGCCAGGUGGCCAUCAGCACCGAAAGCAGCCUUGAGGCCUUGCCUUUGGCUGGAGCGACGUUGGCACAGGUGUUCGCUUGGCACUGCGAGCGGAAAGUGCGCUCUUUCGUGACGUGGAAGGAAUGUUACCGGUGGCACUGCCGCGAGUUGUUGGAUGCCAGCAAUCCAGAACGCCUGGCCGGCCUGCAGCGCGGGCACCUGCCGUCCUUGUUCUCCCUGUUUGCGCUCUGCCAGCAGGCGGUCCGGGUGGUGAAAACCGAACGCAAUGUGUUGCAUAUCAAAGGCCCGAUUGUGGUCGUGGGCAACAUCAUGGCCCAAUAUGUCGACCUGCUUCAGAUUCUAGUGUCGAAUGGCGAACCGCCGGAAACGAGGUACCUCUUCUUGGGCGACUACGUGAACCGCGGGGAACACAGCAUCCUCACCUUGUCCCUCUUGCUGGCGCUCAAAGUGCGCUACCCGGCUCAUGUGCAUCUCCUCAGGGGCAACCACGAGUCCAAGGGAAUGGCUUACCAAUACAGUCUCCACGAGGAAUGUCCGGGGACGUACGGUACUGGCGUGGCCCUGGAACUUUUGUUCGAGGUCUUCCGUUGCCUCCCGUUGGCAGCCGUGGUCAACGAGACAAUCUUCUGCGUUCACAGCGGGCUUAGUCCCUCCGCAAGCACAAUCGAGGAUCUGGCUCACAUCGAUCGAUUCAGCCAAAAUGAUGAGACGGAGGGAAUAAUGGUCGACCUUGUGUGGUCGCACCCAAACCCUGACGAAGGAUGGGGAAUCAAUCCCGCGGGUGCUGGAUAUGAGUGGGGUCCGGACAUCACUGCGACUUGGUGCGCUCAAAACCGCCUGGAGAAGAUAGUGCGCGCACAGUUCACCAUGGAGGUACUGGUGGAGGUCAAGCUGGCCAUCCACAACGACGAGCAACUCCCACGUGGCUACGAGUGGCAUCACGACAAGACAGUGUUGACGCUGUGCAGCUCACCCAACUACGUGCGGCGGUGCGGGAACAAGGGCGCGGUGCUGCUCAUCUCCGACUCUGGCGAACUCACUUUCCAUAUUUUUCGAGUCCGUGAGUGUUGA